CUCUCCUUGUCCAUAUUCCACUGUCAAAUUCUGGUCUCUGAGUACUGGAGAUGAAGUGAAAGCAAUUGAUUUCAAAACAGAAGUCUAUGACAUUCAAUCAAACAAAAGGUAAUACAAAUUGCAUUUCCUUGUGUCAGAUUUUUAAUUGGUUGUAUACUUACAAAAGACUAAUAAUAUAGUUAUAUACUGAGUUAUAUCUACCAAGUUGCAUUUUAUCAUAUUUAGAGUUGUUGUAGUCUGUCUGCAAGAAAAGAUAGCUGUCUUAGAUGCAUUUACUUUGUCCAAAAGGUUUGGCAUUACAAGUAAGUUUGGCUCAAUUAAGUACUGAAGAUUAUGUUUAAUUAUUUUAAUAAUAAUAAUUAUGUUACUCUCCAAGUGUGCACCCUGGGAAAUAGUUCUUUGUACCAUUACAAAAUAUUAAUUUUGCAUACUAGGUAAAUUCUAAGUUUUGAGGUGUUUAGCACUGAGUCAGUUUCCUAAAAAAAUUCUUACAAAUCCUUCAGAACUUACCUAUGCAAAAUUUCUACUGUGAUCACAGAAACUUUGAUAUAGUGUAACCCAGGUUUUAAUCAUCCAUUGAUGACUAUAUGAAUUCUGUGCAUCUGUGUUUCCAGAUUGUUUCCCAGCUCCUGAACCAAAUGUAAAUCCCGUAUCUCUCAGUUCACGCUGGCUAGCAUUUGCUGAUCGCAAGGUAAGGUGCAGAGGUUGCUUAAACUGUAAUAGAUACAAAUUAUGGUAUCCUGUACCAUAGGUAUUGUUAGUCACGCUGAAUUACAACUGCUAAAUUUUUCACCAGAAAUUGUAAUUGUUUUGUUUGUUACAAUUUAGUUGUUACCAAUCCACCAAUCAAGAGGCGGUGUUUCAGCUGAUAAACUACAUUCUUAUACAUCAGCUGUUUUUAAUGCUGCAAAAGUGAGUAGUUGAACGAUUCUGCGAUAUGAUUCGGACUGAACGCCAUAACUGAAGUUUUAUUUUACUUAUUUUUAACAAUCUUUCAUUCGUAUUUUUUCUCAUGAUAGUUUCAUUUGUAUUUUUUCUCAUAAUAGACACUUUCGAAAGGAUUGUCAAUUGUUGGUAAGUAUCACGAUAUACCUACUGGUUUCGUAAUGUGUUCCAUUUUAUACAACGGUUUCUUGAAAUUUAUAUUUCAACAGGAGAAACAGUUGGCCGUUGGGCUGGCUCUAACGCGUCUGAAAACCAAGUAGAACAAGCUGCUUCCAAUACAGUAAGUGCUGGACAAGAGAAAAAUGUGCAAACAUUGUUUCUAAUAAUUGCGUAAUUGGAACAUUUAAAAGAGAACUUUUAUUAUAUAGACUACGCACAAGUCUACCGCGCCUGGAGUUGUGACGAUCAUCGAUAUUGAAGGUCGUGAUGAAAACGAGGCAAGUUGGCUCAUUAAAACUACUGAGAAGCUCUCAAAAUUCAUGGCCAACGGCGACAAUUUCAGAAAGUAUAAAAAGAAGCACUGAAAUUUCAAAGAAUAAUGCCUGAACUUGAAAUUCAAGAUUUUGAAACAAGACGAGCUUUUUAAAUUGUACAUUUUAGACUUUAUUUCAAAGUCAUCAUCAGUCAGAAAUGACGUAUAAUUCUACUUAAAGCAUAUAUACUGUAGAAUAGUUAUUUGGUCUAAGUCUUUACCAGGUUUGUAAGUCAACUUUGUAACGUAUUUUAUUAAAUGUGUUUAAUUUAGAAGGAUGAUCAACUACGAGAAAGAGCCAUAGCACAUUUUCCCGCUCAUACAGGACAGCCCAUUGCUGCCUUGGCUUUUGACUCAAGGUAAACCCUCGUGCAACCGUAAACUUAAUAAUGUCAAUGUUUUGGCACGUGUCAGUACUAAGUGUUAGAGGUGGAAAAUCGUCAUCAACUUCAGAACAUGGCUGUCACAGAGUCAGCUAGGGAACCAUGAAGUGAUGAUAUACCGCCAUACUUUAAAGAGGCAAACUCUAAAUUCAAAAUGGGUACUUGAAAACUUCAAAACGUAGUUGAAUUAUUUAAGAAUGUUGAAGUUAUAGGCCCACUCCAAAAAUCAUGUGAAGACAUUGGAGCUUGAGCUAUUCAAACCUGGAAUUCUUGACUAACAACUCCAAAAAUCCUUAGCUAUCUCUACGUAAAUAAACUCUGCAGGCAUGCUCUAUAGAAAUGGUGACACUUCUUUCUAUAAUUGCAAUUAAGACUACUGCCUGCUUUAUAGAAAUGUUGACCCAUCUUUCUAUUGCAAUUAAGACUACUGCCUGCUUUAUAGAAAUGUUGACCCAUCUUUCUAUUGCAAUUAAGACUACUGCCUAUAAGGAGAUAUAUAAAAAUUGUCCCCUUAUAUUUUUCAGGUAGUUACAUCCCUACCAACGAAAGCUUGUUCUUACUAGUAAACGCACGUAUAUCAAAGUUAUUUUCACUUUCUAUUCCAGUGGUUCUCUUCUGUUCACUGCGGACACAUUUGGUCAAGAUUUCCACAUCUUCCGCGUCUUACCUCACCCCAUGUGUCCAUCACUGGGCUCCGUUCAUCAUCUCUAUAUUCUUCAUCGAGGCGAAACGAUGGCGACGGUAAUGAAUGAUAUGUGUUAGAGAAAAAAAUUAUAUUGCCGGUUGUACGAAGACCGGGUGGCGCUGCCCACCAGACAGAUAUUGAUUUUUUAACCUUUGCCGUUAUGCAAAGCUGCAUGUGAAACUGCUGAUAUGGACUCCACAAUCAGGGAUGGAUUUACUGGGGAGUGCACCCCCCUUGCCCUGGCCAGAGGGGGUGCAGGGGGUCAGGGAGAUGGAUUUACUGGAGGGGUGUGCACCCCCUGGCCAGGGGGUGCUAUUUUUCAUGAUAAAGCAAAAAAUUAUUAGAGACGAAAUGAGAUACAGUAAUUUGAGUAAUAACAUGAUGAUAAUUAGCAAACUGUGAAUAACAAUUACAAUUCAAAUACAAUAGUCAAGCAAGACUUUGCAGUAGUCAAGCAAGUUGAUGGGCGGACGGCACACAUGACCGACACAACUCGGCACCAGAGCUGGCAGAGCACCCCCCCCCCCCCUACCAGAUCAUGCUGGAUCCAUCCCUGCCCACAAUAAUUCUAAAGAUAACUUUAUUCUGGGUUUUAGGUAUACCGAUCAAUUGUCAGUUUUACAAAGUUUGAAAAAUUCGCUCCUUCGUACAGCCGGCCCCAGUGCGUUUUCUAGCCAUUCUUAAAAGGGAGUGUUAAUUAUAACUUGUGUUUAAACUGUAGGUAUGUAAUGUGGCGUUCAGUAACGACUCUCGCUGGGUUACAGUGACCACGCAAAGAGGAACAUCUCAUGUCUUCCCUAUAACAUCCUAUGGCGGUAAGAACUGAUCAUGAAUCUUGGACUAUGAUAUUAGGGGAAGUAUAUCGUUACAAGAGCGGCACGAUUUGUACAUGCAGUUGGGACAUUGCUAGCAGUUCUUCACGAUAUUAAGCUUAGAUCAUCCAGGGACGGGAUAUGUUUCUGAGAUAACUUAUAUUGUCCAAAUGUGCCACAUCAAGUUUCCCCAGUGUUUUCUCCCAAUCCACUCUCCUGAUGAGGCUGGCGGCGGAGGGGAGGGGCUAUUUUGGGGGGGGGGGGCUAAUUUCUAUACAUUUUCCGGACGUUCAUGAAAUUGUCGAACGUAUAAUUUCUUUCUUUAUCAUUAUAUUUAGUGGUUUAAUAUAUAUCCUUCUAAGCAGGGUGCGAUAAUUCGCGUACUUGCGUACCCGGAGGUACGCCAAUAUUACUGUCUGGAACUUCUUUGUUUUCAACCACUUAAGUACGCGGAACUCUUGCUAUCUGCGUACUUAUUUUUUGCUGGUAUCACAUGACCUUUCCAAGUCCAAGGUAUUCAAUACCGUAAUUUAGUUGGUAUAUCAUGUGUCUGAGAUGUCUUGGCAUGAAACACGAUUGCACUGAUGGCACUAAGAAACGUUGGAGUCGGUUGUUUGAAAUAGCAAAACUCCGUUUUUAAAUAGCAAAACACCCUUUUCAAAUAGCAAAACACCCUUUUCAAAUAGCAAAACACCCAUUUCAAAUAGCAAAACACCCUUUUCAAAUAGCAAAACUCCCUUUUCAAAUAGCAAAACUCCCUUUUCAAAUAGCAAAACUCCCUUUUCAAAUAGCAAAACUCCCUUUUCAAAUAGCAAAACUCCCUUUUCAAAUAGCAAAACACCCUUUUCAAAUAGCAAAACUCCGCUUGCUACCUCGUAGUCUGAACAUACUUUUCAGAAACCUGUACUUUAUGAACCUUAUUGUAUUACGAAAGUCACCGAACUGUGGAAUCGCAUCAAAAAUUCGUAUAUCGACCACUCCCACAAACGUCUACGACCACGCCUACAUUCGACUACAUAGUUUUGCAUGUUUACAAUUCUAAUUUUGAACAGCCAAUCAGGUUCUUGGUAAUUGGCUGUUUAAAAUUAGAAUUGUAAACGUGCAAAACUAUGUAGGCGCGGUCGUAGACGUUUGUGGGAGUGGUCGAUAUACGAAUUUUUGAUGCGAUUCCAUAGUUCGGUGACUUUCGUAAUAAAGACUAAGUACACAUUGAGUACUGAGUUUGUUCUAGCGCAAGUACGCGGUAACAACCAUUGGCGUACCACAGUACCAGUCAGGUUUUCCUGUAUAUAAACAGAGGUGUUCUCUCUCAUCUUAUAAGGUGGUGUAAGUUUACGGACGCAUAACUCGAAUCGUGUUGUAAACCGUAGCAGUAGAUUUCAUACAAGUGCUGGCUUGGAAGAUCUCAAACGUAGUCGCUGUGGAAAUCCUCCCACUCUUAUACAGCCUGGGUCACCCAGUAGCAAUCCUCUAGGUCCACUGACCACUGCUAAGGAUUGCCUCCUGGUUGGCAAGAAUGGUCUGGUGAAUCCACGUAUGCCACCUUUACCACAUCCUGACGUUGUGUCGCCUUAUAUUCAAAUCAAACUGGGUGCGUCUUCCCGGUAAGUUCCUGAUUACUCUGUUCUUUCUACCCAGAGGUCCAUUUAGGACCCUUCUUUAUUAAUAUUGGUCCAGUGUUACGACAGGAGGAAACCUAAACUAACUUUAUUUAUUCUGGAUAGCUGUAUCAGUUCUAAACUGUUCUCCCUGGAGGUCCAGUAAGGAUCAUCUCUUAUUGAUCUAGUGUUAUACAGGAGGAAACCUAAACUAAACUAACUUUAUUUAUACUGGAUAGCUUUAUCAGUUCUAAACUUAAUAAUAAAAUAGACGUUCUCUGACCAAAAAUAUAUAUUUAUUACAAUUUCUACCAAUCUGUAGCCUUCAAGACUGGAUCUAAUGUAGCAAAACAUGCAUGGACUUAUGACCACAGGAUUGACUUUGAAAACGCGGAAGUUAUCGAUAAGGGAAAUUUUAGGACCCGAAAAACUCUAGAGUCAUGGCAUACAGCCUUAACAACUGAUGCUGACAACAAUUCAUGUUCACUUCCCGGACAAUAUACUGUUCUUAUAAAAAAGCAGUCAUAGUUGACAAUACACACUCAUAUUUCAUACGCAAUUAUGCAAAUCUUUCUGUAUAUACAAUAAUAGACUAUAGUUUCAUAUUUCAUACACUCAUACCCGUUGAAGGCUACAGAUUGGUAGCCGAAAGCUUGUAAUAAAUAUAUAUUUUUUGGUCAGAGAACGUCUAUUUUAUUAUUAUGUUUCAUCCUGGCCGCGCAUCUGCCUCUAUUUUUUCAGUUCUAAACUGUUCUUCCUAGAGGUCCAGUAGGGAUCAUCUCUUAUUGAUCCAGUGUUACUACAGGAGGAAACCUAAACUAAACUAACUGUAUUUAUACUGGAUAGCUCUAUCAGUUCUAAACUGUUCGGAUCGUUGAUCCAGAAUUACUACAGGAGGAAACCGGAGUUCUUGCGAGAGAAUCUGCCAUGUUUGUUACCGUUUGGUAGAGUCAACUGGAAGCACUCUUCUCACAUGAGACUGAGGUGAAAUUAUAACCAAACAACUUCAUGUUUCAGUAAUCAGGGGCAUAGGAAGCAUCAAAAGAUUGGGGGGGGGGGCGGUUUCGAGGGGUACUUUUGGAAUGAAAAGGGCACCUGAAAAUUUUUUCCGGAAAUGUUGGCGACGGGGAGGGGGGACUGCAAUCAUACAAAAUGAAAUCUGAACAACAUUUUUCACGAAGGCAAAGGGCACUUUGCCCCCCCGCCAGUUCUUACACCCCUGUCAGUAAUCGACCCUCGGUCACAGAGGUCUGGAAAGACACAUGUACUGAGCACUGCUACCAACAAAUGGGAUGUAAAACGUAUAGCGAUAUCUCUUUUUACCUCUUCAUUUUCAGAUGUAACACGGCAGGCAACAGUGCUGGCAGCUCACCGACUAACACCAGAGCGAAUGGGUUGUUCUUAACUGAACCUGUUGGUGGAUCAGCACAGUUUGCAUCGUCUAGGGCGUGGAUUGCUGGAAAUGCCAAUCCACCCAGUAGGAUAGGCAAGUAUACAACACAAACGUUGACACGCGUCUACAUGAGCAAGUGAAAUAAACAAGAUUUCUCAAUUAUAUAAUUAUAUUAGCCGCAAGAUACAAGGUUAUACUAUGACUGUAGUGAAAAGAAAUACUAUGAACCUAAUAUUUUCCACCUUCCUCUAUUUCCACCAAAAUCCGGCCUUGGUUUAAAGACAAGUAAAGACCAGCCUUGUUAUAUUGCAACCAAGCGUUUUCCCUGCUGCUCUAAUUUCUUUCUCUAUUCCGUCAAAGAUCUGAAUCGAAGCUUUAUCUCUAUAGAUACAUCCCGUCAGUCUCCUGUCGAUCCGCUGUUUGUUAUCAGUAACUACGGUUCUCUAGUUGAAUUUAAUGUUGAUAUUCAACCGUUAAAGAACAGCCCGCAGAGUGAGGAUAUGCCGUUUCAAGCUGUGGCCGAGGGAAAGGGAAGGUGGAUCUUUUGCAGGUUAGAAUCUCAAUGCAUCUUUUAGUUUUUUCUACAAAUGGCAAGUGUAAUCUUUGCGAUUUAAAUGGUUAAAUUAUUGGGUGGAUUUCCAGUAAAUGUUACAGAAAUAUUAACACUUAUAGGAACAAGGAAAUAUAUACAAUCUGCUGCUUAGCGAAAGCCAUCUACGACCUACUACAAACCUUCGCAGGAUUUUAUUGAGCCUAUAUGUUCUUAUUUUGUCUCCAGACAUGCGACAAUGCCAGAAAGCAAGAAUCUACUAUCGAAAGACGUUCUUCUGUGCAAGAGUAUGAUUAAUAUGAACAAACCAAAGAAUAGCUCACAUGGUAGGUACAGUUCAGUUUAAAUUCGGUAAUUUUCAAUGAAACAUCAGUCCUUGCGCAACAUUGCCAACUUUAUGAAUGCACCAACAUUUUUACAUAAUAUUUUGAAUUUUUAAAUUCGACAGUUAUAAAUUUUUCAGGUAAGUCCAAUCUUACUUUACCUUUUGAUACUUUUUAACUUUCUCUUAUUGUUGUGUGAUGAACAAAACUAAUUACCAAAUCGUUUCAUCACGUAAAUGUUUUGCUCGUAUUUUUGGCACAGACAUCGUAAAAGAUAAAAGCAGUUCUGAGAGUGCUCGUAACGACAGCCGUGCCGAUGACAACUGGCUAGCUAACAUUGAGAUCGAGACGCACGCACCUCCACACAGACGGCUGUGGAUGGGCCCGCAGUUUGCCUUCAAGACUUUCCAACCUCCUGGAACCUUGACAAGCGGCAGCCCGCUAGCCGACAGUCAAUCAGGCGGUGCUACGAUCAAAGCUCACAGACAAGACGAAGAUACACUGGACCUAUUCACAGAAGAACUUGACCUCCAAUCCUUGAGAAUCCAACCGGUUCGCUCGGAUCCCUUACCGACCCCCAAGUCUCGUUAUGUCCUUGCGAGUGCUCGGGUAAACUACGGAGAGAAUACGAUGAUUGUCGAUAAUGGUCCCGAGAGCUUGACGGACAUUUGCCAAUCGUGGCCGGAAGAUGUCGAAGGGCUAGCGCCAGAAGAUGGAAAACUCAUUGAGAGUCUAGCCGAUGCUAUGAACGACACUUCCCGAAGUUCACCCGACUCUGACAGUGAUGAUGUGUGUGUGUUUCCUCCAAACUCGCCCCAGGGAAGUCCUGCGAACUCGUCCUCCAGUUUGUCACCAGAGUGGAGCUGACUCAGGUAAACAGGGGGAGGGGACAGGGAGACUUUUCGUGUCUUGUGUAGGGGAGGGGGGAUCUCUUAGAUUUUUCUGUUAGCUCGUCUAAUGCUUUAUUUACACAAAUGGGCAGUAGCCUAGUUUCAGGCUUUCCCGCUUGACUUGGUCGGUUUUGAACCGCGGGAGAAGGCCUAGCGAUGUUCGUCAACUUGGUCUCAGUCCUAAAUUCAUAAAGUAACCUUACCCAAACUUCUAGUACAUGUAUUUCCUAACACAUCCAAAUAUCUUCAUUGUUCAUCCCAAAGGCAUAAAGUAAAACAAAAACAUCGAUGUACAUAGUUAGAUCAAGGGCCGCUCGAAAUGCAAGAAUGGUUGCAAUGUUUGCGAAUUGUGCUAGGUCUUCUCGCAUCCCGUGUCGCGGAAGCGAAAAACAGGAACUCGGUUGCAUAGAUAGCGUCUUCACUGAUGAUCCGUUUCCAACUAUUUUUUUAUCAUUUGUCACUAGCACACAGGGUUCGUACAAAACUUGAAAGUCCUUGAAUUUGGAAACAAAAAUUCAAGGCCUUGAAUGUCCUUCAGUUUAUAAAGAAGUGCUUGUAAGUCCUUAAAUUGUUCUUGUUUUACUGAAAUUGCUUUUUCUGAAAUUGCUUGGCAAUUAAGAAUUGGACAUUUUGUAAAUUGAUUUUGUUCAUAUCUUACAAAGGCCAAAGCUGUUUGAAGUUCAUUAAAGUUGCCGUUCAAAACUCAUUAAAAGUUGAUUUCUAACGCCUUCUUUUCAGCCUUUAGUCCUAGUUGAAUAUCCUGAUACAUGGCGUUGAAAGUCCUUGAAAAGUCCUUGAAUCUAACUCUUCCGGACCUUCAUGUACGAACCCUGAGUACAUAUUGGACCAUUGUAACUCAGAGUAACUCUGCAUGUAUUGCAAGCACUGUGCCGUGCGAGAUCACCCAUUUCACUAUCAUUCGACUACGUCUCCCAUUUCGGAAUAUAAUUCACUCGUCCUUUUUCGUGUCAGUGUAGUAAUAUCUCCAAAUUUAUAAUUGUUUUUAUCAAGCAUAUGUAACCUAGGUGUACUUACUGUAAAAUGAAAGCUCUCUAAUACAUGUAAAAAUAUAAAAAUGUUUAUAAAAAAACUGUAUGUAUGUACAUAAAAAAUUUUAUUUAAAAAAUGAAAAAAAUAUGUGGGCUUGUUUUAGGGGGAAGUUGUAUACUGUAUGUGUAGUUUUAGGCUAUGUGCACACGGGCGUCGUUUUCGAGCGUUUUCAAAAACGUUUUUGUCCCUUUAAUCGCUUUGAUGCGCUGUUCACGUGGUUCAAAGGAAAAUAUCUCCAAUAUAUUAAAUAAACUACAGCUUCAGUCGUAAAUUAAUAGUUUUCGCAUCCGUUUUAGCGUGAAAACGCAAAUGAAAACGCUCGAAAACGUUACCGUGUGCACGUAGUCUUAUUUACCUUGUUCACACAAUAAAAACUAUUCUCUUAUAUUUUGUUGUUUGGACUGUGUUUAUACCGUCUCAGUUCUGUGAGAAAACCGCAGAAAAAAAUUUUCAAUUAGGUUGGGAAGAGUACUACACGUUUGCAAAUAUCUUUAUAAAGGAGGCUACCAAAAGUUUUCUAAUUACCACAGCUAUAUUAAGGUGGCUCUAUGCUGAGCAACAAAAAUAGUAUUAAGGUGGCUCUCAGUAGUGUUUUUGAAGACACUAAGCAAAAUCAUAUUAAGGUGGCUUUCAAUAACUUUGAAGAACACCAAGCAACAAAAUUGUGUUAAGGUGCCUCCCUGAUGUUUUUUCCACAAUACUGAGCAACACUCUUUUAUUUUGAACAUGAAGACUUAUUUUAUCAAGGUAGCUCUAACA